AAAGUAUCGACUAUUUGACAAAAAUAUUUAUCUUUUAAAAAUAAGUUAUGUCCACACACACACACACACACACACACACACACACACACACACACACAUAGGCUGUCCAGGAAACUUUUAAGCACUUGUGAACACAAAGUAGAAGAGAACAUUAUCUUCUUGAAAAUAUCUACAGCUUCUGGCCAUGGGCUUAGUCUCCAAGAUUUUGCAAUUAAUCUCAUUUAUUGGAGUGCUGAUACUCUUUGCGAUGGUGGUGGCGGCGGCGGUAGCAGCAGCUCAAGCCAAGCCUGGCUGCAGUACCCACAAGUGUGGGGACGUAGAAAUUCCAUUUCCAUUUGGGUUGAGUAAAGACUGCUACUUAAAUGAGGAUAAUCAGAGCUUUAACAUCACUUGUGAUGGCUCUGAUCCAAAGACAGGUAAUCUCAUUGUUAAAAACAUAUCCAUUGAAGCACAUGAGAUGCAUGUCCUGAAAAACGUAGCCCAAGACUGUUACCUUAAGUCGGGUGCACUCACACCCGAGAGUACUGGAAAUAGCUACUUGGACGUAGCCCCAUUCACCAUUUCUAAAACCAGAAAUCAGUUCACUGUUGUUGGCUGUGACACUUUUGCAUUUUUCCGUUGGUACCAAAACGGAGAAAAUUACUCGACCGGGUGCGCAUCUGAGUGUAGCAGCCUUCGAAAUGCUUUCAAUGGCUCUUGCUCUGGCGUCGGGUGUUGCAAGGCACAGUUUCCAGAUGGAUUGCAGAAUAUUAAAAUGCAAGUAUACAGCUUUAAUAAUCACACAGGUAUAUGGAACUUCAAUCCCUGCGGCUAUGCUUUUGUUGUCGAAAAAGGGACGUUCAACUUCUCCACGAAUUACCUUAAGAAUCUGCCACCCAAAAUGCUUCCAAUGGUGCUUGAUUGGGCAAUUGGGAACGAGACGUGUGAACAAGCUAAGAAAAAACCGAAUUUCGCGUGUCGGAAUAAGAACAGUAUAUGCCAUGACCCAGAAACAAGAUCCGGGUACCAGUGCAAGUGUGAGCCGGGUUACCUAGGGAACCCCUACCACCCUGACGGUUGCGAAGACAUUGACGAAUGUAACGAUCCAAUUCGUACACAAAACUGCAGCACAGCGAAAGGCUGUGUCAACACACCAGGCGGCUAUACAUGUCGUUGCCCAAAGUGGUACCAUGGUAACGGAACAAAAGAUCAUGGAGGCUGUGAAGCGGAUUUCGUAAUAAUUAAUCGGAUUGCCAUUGGUGCAGGAGUAGGAUUUAUUUCUCUGCUUGUGCUUAGCUCUUGGGUGUACUUCAUACUCAAGAAAAGAAAGAUUCUCAAGCUUAGAGAGAAGUUCUUGCAACAGAAUGGAGGCAUGAUUUUAGAACAGCAACUCAGCAGACAAGAAGGAUCCACAGAAACAGUUAAAAUCUUUACCGUAGAUGAGCUGCAGAAGGCUACCAAAAACUAUGAUGAGAGCAGGAUAAUUGGCCGAGGAGGUUUUGGUACGGUUUACAAAGGAUUUUUAGCAGAUGAUAAGAUUGUUGCCAUCAAGAAGUCCAAGAUAGAGGACGAAAACCAAAUUGAGCAAUUCAUCAACGAGGUGGUUGUGCUCUCCCAAAUAAAUCAUAGGCAUGUUGUCAAACUCUUGGGAUGUUGUUUAGAGACACAAGUUCCUUUGCUUGUCUACGAAUUUGUCCCAAAUGGUACCCUUUUUAAGCACAUUCAUCAGGAAAGCAAUGCAUCCACAUUUCCAUGGGAAACACGCUUGAGGAUAGCUGCAGAGACAGCUGAGGCAAUAUGGUAUCUGCACUCUGUAGCCUCAAUACCUAUAAUUCACAGGGAUGUAAAAUCAACAAACAUACUGCUCGAUGAUGAUUUCACUGCAAAAGUUUCCGACUUUGGAACUUCAAGAUUGGUUCCAAGAGAUCAAACGCAACUAGCAACUGUGGUGCAGGGAACUCUUGGAUACCUAGAUCCUGAAUACUUGCAAACAAACCAAUUGACAGAGAAAAGUGAUGUCUAUAGCUUUGGAGUGGUGCUCGUGGAACUACUUACAGGAAAGGAGGCACUUUCAUUUGCUAGGACCAUGGAGCAAAGAAGUCUAGCCAUGUAUUUCAUUUCUUCCAUAAAAGAAGAAAGAUUGUUUGAAAUUCUUGAAAAUCACAUAGCUGCAUAA